AUGAACAAUAAUAUAUAUAAUUAUAAUAUGAGCAAAGGAAUAGCAAAAAAUUAUUUUCGAAGUGAAAAUUUAUGUAAUGAAAUUAAUUAUGAAAACAAUAAUAGAAGUUAUUAUUUGAAUCCAUUAAACAAUUUUUAUGCUCCUUCAUAUAUAGAUAAUAAUACAGAAAAUAAUGAAUAUAGCCGAAGAAAUUUGAAUUUUUAUAAUAUAUAUGAUUACCCAAUAGAUAGUUGUUUAUCUAAUUCAAAAAUUAAUUUAUUAAAUAAUAACAUAAUAUAUCAAAAAGAAAAUUCAUGCCAAGAAAAUAAUUUAAAUUAUUCAAAAAAUUUUUUUGAAAGAUAUUCAACAAAUAAUGUUAAUCAAAAUUAUGAUAAAGAAUUAUGUGUUCAAUGUACAUGCUUCAAUAGAAACCCAUCCGAAAUAAAUAGUCUUGAUGAAAAUAUAAAAAAUGUUCUUGAUAGAAAUAUACUUAAUAAAUCUUCUGCACUUUCAAAUUAUAACAUAUAUCCAUUGAAUUCAAAUAAUAAUAUGAACAUUUUAUAUCAUGCAAAAAAUAAUAUUUGUUCUUUACAUCAAUGUGUAGAUACGCAUUUUAGCGCAAAUAUGAAUAAUGCACUUUUGAAUUUAAAUUCAUUAAAUAAUUGUAAGAAAAAUACAAAUAUAACAUAUAAUGAAAAUAAAAAUUUAAAUCAUAAUUUAAAUCAAAGUUUGAAUCAAGAUUUAAGUCAAAAUUUAAACCAAAGUUUAAAUAAUAGUUUAAGUCAAUGUUUAAAUCGAAAUUCAAAUAAAAUUUUAAAUCAUGAUUUAAGCCAAAAUUUAAAUAAUAAUUUAAAUCAAAUAAUUAAUCAAAAUAGUAAUAAAAUUUUAAAUCAAACGAAUAAUCAGAUUUUACAUCAAAAUAACAAUCAAAUUUUAAAUCAAAUUAAUAAUCAAAUUUUAAAUCAAAAUAAAAAUCAAAUUUUAAAUCAAAAUAACCAAAAUUUUAAUCAAAAUAUUAAUCAAAUUUUGGCUAACAAUUUAAAUCAUUCUCAUAAUUUAAUUGAUAACAUAAACAAAAAUGUUGAUAUUAAUUCAAACGCUACGUUUAAUUCUCUAGAUUAUAUAAAAUUGAGCCCAUUGAAUAAUUCUCAAAUAAAUAAUUCUUUAAAUCAUAUUGUAAAUGUAAAUACAUUAAAUAAUAUGAAUAAUAAUAAUCCUUUAAAUGCAGGUAUAAAUAUGAAUAUGUCGAACAAUGUACAGAACACAAUAACUGUUCCAUCCAAUAUAAAUGUAUCAAAUAAUUUAAAUAAUAAUGCUGAUGUAUCAUCUAAUUUAAUGUUAAAUUCUCUAAACAAUAAUGAAAAUACACUAAAUUUAAAUAUGUAUGAGCAAAAUAUAAAUUUUAGAACUCCUAAUAUAAAUAUUAACCCUUUAAAUACUUCACAAAUAAAUAAUAUGAGAAGAAAUAUAAAUUCCAAUUUAAAUUUAAUAAAUUAUCCUGAAAUAAACAUGAAAUCAACUACAAUGGAUGAUAAGGAUCUUAGUUAUUUAGAUAAUAAAAAUUCAUAUAGUUGUUUAAAUGUAAAAAAUGAAUUAAUAUCUAAUAAUUUAUAUAAAAAGAAUAUAAGAAAUAAUUUAAAAUUCAAUAAUAAAAAUAAUGACAUAAAUGAUCCGUUAAAUUCUAAUAACCUAUAUAAAGUAAAAUUAAAAAAUAUUAAAGAAAAUAGAGAAAAUUUACUCAGUAUGAAAAUGAAAUUUAAUAACAAUAUUGAUUAUAAAGAUGCUUAUAAUUCAACUGCAAAUGACAACAAUGAUUACUUAGAACACAGAAAAUCAUGUUAUUUUAUAAAUGCAAAUUUAAACAACGAAUAUGUUGAAGGUAAUCAAGAAGAUAAAAAAAAAAAUUCCUUCAAUAAAUACUUGAAUUUAAAACAAAACAAAUUAAUUAAUAAAAGAAGUUACAAUUUAUAUAAACAUCACAAAUAUGAGUCUCCAAACGACAAAAAUUUUGAUAGUUUUAAUCAUCACAGUAAUAAAAAUUUAUUAUCAAUGAAUUUAAAUAAUAAGGUUAAUUAUAAAAACAGAUGUAAUUCAAAUAACACAUCAACAACAAAUAAUAUUAAUGAAAAGGAAAAGUUUAGUGAUACUAGUGAUGAAUCCAACAGAAGUAAUUAUAAAAAUCCAAAAUGUUAUAAUGAAAAAAUUAUGCCAAACAAAAACUUCAAAAAUAUCAUAUUUAGUAAUAGUAAUAAAUCUUCUUCCACUAAUAGUGAUAAAUUAGAAGAAAGUUAUGAUAAAAAAAAAAAAAAAAGAAAGAAUAAAAUAAAAGAGAAUAAAUAUAUUAAUAGAUGUUUACAUAAUUUAAAAGAUAAAAAAAAGGAAACACUCAAAGAAAAUAAUUUUUUAUCUUCUAUGUGUUCUUCUCAUAAUUCCGCAUCAUCAUAUUCAUCUUCUUCUUCUUCAUUUUUUACUAAUGUAUUGGAUGAAAAAAUGAAAAAAAGAAAAAUGAAUAGAGAGACAUUUAAUAUGCACAUUCCUAAGAAAAAGAAAAGGCCAACAGUUAUAGAUUUUAUAAAUGAAAAGUGGAAUAGAAGUUCUUUUAAAGAAAAUGAAAAAGAAAAUAGGAGUAAAAAUGAAAGCGAAAAUGAAAUCAGUAAUGACAACGAAAGUGAAAAUGAUCAUAAAUACGAAAGAAAAUAUUAUGAAUACAGUGAUAACAGUUUAAAUGAUCAUGAAAAAAGCUCAAAUAAAAGUUAUGCAAGUCAAAAAAAAGAAAUAUAUAAUCAUUUAAGAGUAAGAAAAAAAUAUGAGAAACUGAGUAAAAGCAAUUCACUGUAUUCAGAUAAAGAAAAGAAAUGUGAAAACAAAGGUGGUUAUGACUCAAAUGAAAAUUAUUUAUCAUGUUCAGAAGGAGAUGAGAAAAAAGAUUACUAUGAGAAUGACAAUGAACAAAGUGAAAAAGAAAAAAGGGCAAAAACAAGUAAACAUGAAAAAUUAAUGAAAAAUUAUAGAUUGAAAGAUUCGAUAUUGCAUAUGCAGAACAAAUUCUCAGGAGAUUUAUUAAAUAAAAGUGAAAUAAAAUUCAAUGAAGAAAUAGAGACAAAAAAAAAAAAUCACAAUAUUAAAAGAAGGAAAAACAGUUAUAAAUUUAAAAGUAAUGAAUAUGAAGAAUAUACAAAAAAGGAGAAUUAUUUAAAUAAAGAUGAAUAUAAAGAUGAUCUAAGCAAUACAAAUGAAGAAUUAGAUGACAACAUAAAUUCAAAUAUAUAUUAUAGUAACAAAGAUCAUGAUAUAGUUAAUGAACAGACAGAUAGAAGCGAUUUUGAAAUUAGAGAGGAAGAAGAGGAAGAAGAUGAGGAAGAAAAAGAGGAAGAGGAAGAAAAGGAGGAAGAAGAAGAGGAAGAAAAAGAGGAAGAAGAAGAGGAAGAAAAAGAAAAAGAAAAAGAGGAAGAAGGAGAAGGAGAAGAAGAAAAAAAAAAAAAUACAAAAUUACAAGAUUUUAGUGAAAUUAAUGUAAAUAAUAAAUUAACAUACCAAAAAAAACAAGGAAAAAGUGAUAAUUUAAACAGUUUAACUGAUAAAAGUAUAUCUUUAGAUGAAUCAGGUAGUUGCAGCGAAUGUAUUAACAGAUCAGUUAAAAGUGAAAGCUCAUUAUCUUCUGAAUCCACUGAAAAUUCUGAAUAUUUAAUGGAAUCUACUUCUGAUGAAAUCACAAAAACGGAAAGUACAAGUAAUAAUAGUGAUAACUCCUUUUAUAAUAACAAUCAAAGUUGUAAUAAUAAUAGCAAUAGUAGUAGUAACAAACGCAUUAGUAGUAUUAAUAAUGGUAGUAGUAGUAACAAUAAAAAUAUUAUUUAUAAUGAUAGUGUACAUAAAGACACUAAUUUAAAUGAAAAUAAUAAAUGUGCAAACAAAAUUCCCUCUAAUAAUUAUUUAUUAAAACAAAUAAAUGAUAUAAAUUUUUUUCCAAUUAAUAUUUACAGCAAUAAGGAAAACUUAAACAAUCUACCUGUAAAUGAAGAACAAGAUAAUCAUUUUUAUAAAAAUUCCUCAAAUAACAUAAAUUGUUACAAAACAAAUGACAUGUUAAAUGCUAAUAAUUCUUGUAUAAUUAAAGACAACAAAUAUAUAUAUACAAAUUUAAGAGAUUUAAAUUAUAUUAAAAAACAAGUAAUUCUAAAUUAUUUAAAGGAAUAUUUCAUUAAAAAAAAAAUAAAUAUAUAUGAAUAUAUAAUUCUUCUAUCUUAUUUAUUUUAUAAAAAAUCAAAAUACAUGGGAUUUAAUAAAGUGUACCUAUAUAAUACUAUGAAAAAUUUAUCUCCUUAUUUAUGGAAUUUAAAUAGAAAAUGUAAUGACAUAGAAAUUAGAAAUUUUUCUUAUUUUAUGAGUAAAAUUUUUGUUUUACAUGAUUAUUUUAUAUUUAGAAUAAAUAUAUUUGCAUUUAAUUGGUUCAUUUUAUAUAUAUAUAAAAUUAAAUUAAAAAAUGUGUCAUUUCUGGAAGAUAUAAAUCUUUUAAUAAAUUUUAUGAUUGGAUUUUUAACAAACAAAAAAUUUCUAAAUUAUUCUAUUCUUUUUGUUAUUAAUGUUGUACUUCAAAAAAAUACUGGGAAAUCUUUAUAUAUUGGUUUGAAUUAUAAUUAUAUUUGUUCUUUAUAUAUAUCUUUAUUUUCUAAAAUAAUAUGUUUAUCAAAAAAUCAUAAAAAAUUUUUAAAGGAAUUUAAAAUUUAUCUGAAAAAAAAUAGUGCUAAAAUAAGUAUAAACUUGGGAAAAAAUAAUGAGAUUAUUUUAGACAAUUUUCAAUAUAUAGAAAAGAAAGAAGAAGAAAUUAAAAUUAUUGAAAAUAAUAAAAAUAGUUUCAAAAAAAAAAAUAGCAAUACACACUACAUAAGUGAUAGAUUAAUUGAGAAUAAAGAAUCAAUAAAAAUUGAAAAUAGUUCUAUAGAAAGUGUAAAAAAGGAAAAAUCAAUAAGGCAAGAUUUAAUUAUAUUAUAUAUAUUAUAUAUAUCAAGAAAUAAUUAUUCCAUAUAUGUUAAUAUUUUAAGACAUUUUUUUGAAGAUAUAAUUAAAUUUAAAUUAACAUAUAAUUUUUAUAAAAUAAAAAUUAAAAGUAAAUUUUUAUAUAAAAGGAUUAUUCGUUGCUUAAAGAAUAUUAAAAUAAACUUAAAUAAAAUAAAUAAAAAAAAAAGAAAAAAAAAAAAAACAUCGAAAAAUUUAAGUGGAUCUAAUAAAGAUAAUUUUUUAUAUGACGAUUAUAUAAAUAAGAAUUACUCAUUCAUUUUUUUAUUUAUUGCAUUACUAAUGGAAUAUAUUUCUUUUUCUGUUAAUCAAAAUGUUUCUUAUUAUUUUGAAAAUGAAGCUUUGAAAAAAACAUAUGAGUUGUUAUUUUCAUAUAUAAAAGAAUACAGUGAUAUUAUAUAUAAAUAUAUGAAAUCAAUAACACUAGAUCAACUAAAAAUUUAUAAGAAUAUUUGGUUGCGUAAUAUUUUUACUAUUAUAAAUUUGAAAAAAUUUUAUAAUUUAGAUGGAUAUUUUAAUGAAACUUCUUGCAAUGACUUUUUGUUUUCUAUUAAAGGUGACCAUAUAAAUGAGAAAAUCAUACCUGAAGUGAAAACUGAAAAAGAAAAAGACAGCAGUAUCAUUAAAAGAAAAAUAAGUGAUAAAAUUAAUCUAGAAAAUGAUUUAAGUAGUUCAAUGAUUUUAGAAAAAAAGAAAAGAAUAGAUAAAAGUGAAAAUAUAAAUACAGGGGAAAUUGUAGGGAAUAAUGAAAAAUUAUUAAAGGAAAAACAGAUAUUCAAUAAAACAGUAGAAAAUGGAGAUAUUAAUGAAAAUAAAAUAAAAUUUUUAGAAGACAUAGAAUCAUAUAAUGAGUUAAAUGAUGAAAUAGAAACAGAAGUUAAAAAGUGUGAUGAAAAUAAAUCUAACAAAUCAAAGUGUGAAAAUACAAAUUUCAUUAAAAAUAUCAGUACUUUCCUUAAUUUAAAUUUUAAAAAUAACAGUUUAUUAUAUGACAGGUAUAAUUCUAACCAUAAUAAUACAAAUAAUUUAGAUUAUAAAUUAAAAAGUAUAACAGAACAUAAAAUAAAUAAAUUUCAAUUAAACACAACUACGCCUUUAAAAAGCGUUUCUCUUAAAAUAUAUGAUGAUAAUUAUUCACUACAUACCAAAAAAAAAUCAAAAAAUUAUAUAAAAAAAAAAAAUAAUUUUUUGAACAAAAAAUUUAUAGAAGUUACUUUUUUAAUUUUAUGUAAAUGCCUAAUGUUGUUUAAGUCUAGUAUUUUAUUUAAAAGCAUAUUCGAUAUUUUAUUUUUAUUUUUUAUAAAUAAAAUCAAAAAAGAGCAGUUAAAACACUUUUUGAGCCAAAUAUAUAUAAAAGAUAACCAUUUACGUAAUAUAGUAACAACUAUAUUAGUAAAAAAUGAUGUAAAUAAAAGUUAUUCACAAAAUAUAUAUUUUAUCAAUUAUUAUUUAAAAAGGAAAAAGAAUUAUGAGGAUAUUGAUAUUGAUAUAAAUUUAUUAGAUAUUAACUUAACUGAUUUAUUUUCAUUUUAUUUUUCGAAAUGUUUAAAAGGAAAAAAUAUAUACAAAAAAGAAAAAAAAUAUAAAUUGAAUAUUAUAAAUAAUUACUUAAAUUUACACAUAUAUAUGAAACCUUGUUCAUGCAUAUUUUUAUCUUAUAUAAUUUUUUUUUCAUUAAUUUUUAAAAAUUUUAGGAUGCAUUUUAUGCACUUUACUAAGUUUUCGUUUUCUUUGAAAAGAAAAACAAACAGACAUAAAAACAUAAAAGAAAUCAGUUGUAAAACAGUAAUGAACACAAAUAAAAACAUGGGGUUAAAAAAUGAAUUUCAUAAUGGAAAGCAUAUAAGUUAUUUGAAUAUAAUAAAUAAAGAUGUAAAUAGAUAUCAACAUUGUGAAGAAAAUAAAAAAUAUCAUAUUUUUAGUGAUUUAAAGAAUAAAGAAGACUUUUGUGUUAUUUCAAGAAAAGACCCAGAAGAAAAUAUAAAUUUAUGUACGAAUGAUCAUAUGUUAAAAGAUAUGGUUAAAAAUUUAGAGGAAAACAAUAUAUCUAAUCAACAAAUUAAUCACCUUAAAAUAGAUAAUAAUACUAAAAAAAUAUAUAACAAUUCAGAAAACAUCAAUAAUAUUAAAAAUGAGUAUAUACAUGAUAAAACUAUUUUUUAUGAGAGAAACAAGGAAAAAUUAAUAAAAUUAAUAAACAAAUAUCAUCUUAUUAUUUCAUAUCGCUUUUUAAAUUUGUACUUUAAUAGUAAAAGAAAAUACGCUGAUAAUAAUAUCACAGAUAAUAAAGGUAAUAUUAAUUUAAAUAAAAAAGUAGAAAAUUUGUUAAUAAAUGAAGAAAAUUUCAUUGAAAACCUUCACUUUUUUAAGGAAGAAAUAGCUUAUCAUAUUUUAUGUAGAUUAUAUGAAUGUAAAAAGGAAUAUAAUGUCCACACAGGAAAUAUUUUUUCUAAAAUAGAUGGCAAUUUAUUUAAAAGAGAAAUUGACAAAAAAGUAAAAAAUAAUAGUGAUUACAAUGAAAAAAAAAAAAAAAUAUAUGAUAUAUAUUUAAAAAAAAUGAAUAAUAUAAUAAAGUGGAGUAAAAACAAUAUAGAUUAUAAUAAUAAAAAAAAAAAUACAGUAAAACUUAAAUCAAGAAGAAAUAAAUAUACAAAUAUAAUUAUAGAUAUUUACCCAUUGAUUUUUUUGUCUUUAGUUAAAUUAUUAAAUGCAUCAAUAAUUAUUAAUGAUGACGUUAAUAAAAAGUCUUUUGAUGUGAAAAACGAAAUAUUUCCUGUAAAUUUAUUUAUAUGUGUAGAACUAAAUAAAAAAGAAGAAUUUUUGAAAAUUCAUGAAAAAGAAAUAAAAAAUUAUGAAAAAGAAAAAAUGAAAUAUUUGAAUAUUAAAAGUUGCUUAUGUAAUGAGUUUUUUGAAACCAAAAAUAAAAGUUUAUUUUUAAAAGAUUAUUUAAAUAUUAAAAAGGGAAUUUAUAAUAAAGAGAAAAAAAGAUAUAUGUAUGAAAAACCUUUAAUUUAUUAUAAUGUUGUAAAUAGCAGAUUACGUUUAAAUUUGAUUGUAAAAUUGUUGUAUAAAGAGAUAAAAACUGACUUUUUUUUAUUUCACGAAUAUGGUGAUAAUAAAGUAUAUAUAUAUAGAAGUUUACUAAUUUUAUUAAUAUAUAAAUACUUAUCUUGUGGGUACAACUUAUUUUAUUUUAAAAAAAAAUUUAUUUUUUUCUUUAUUCAAAGAUUAUUUCGGUUAUUAUGUUUUCGUUUAAUGUGUUUAUUUUUAUGCACUGUUCAUAUAAAUAAAUUAACUAGUGAAAUAAUUGUCAUUGAUGAUAAUUUUUUAAUAGAUAAGUAUCUUAAAUACAAAAGUAAAAAAACUCAAAAAAUUAAAAAGAAUAAAAUUUAUCAAAAAAAAUCAUAUAAUAUGUACAAAAAUUAUUCAGAAAAUUAUUAUUUUAAUUAUGAUUUUGUUGAAAAUUUCAACCAUGUAUUAAAUGAAAAAAAAUUGAAAGAGGAAGAUGAAGAAGAAGAAGAAGAAGAAGAGGAAGAGGAAGAGGAAGAAGAUGAGGAAGAAGAUGAAGAAGAGGAAGAAGAGGAAGAAGAAUAUCAUGUAUCCUAUGAUGAAGAAAACUACAAUGCAAAAAAGGACGAUAAAAAAAGGUAUAUUGUAAAUGGAAAAAGUUUGCACAGAAAUUAUAAUAAUUUAGAUAAAAUCAAAGAUAAUAGUAAUGAUGAUUCAAAUUUAGAAAAAAAAGAAAAAGAGGACAAUAUGAAAAUAAGCGAAACCUCUAAAAAAAAAUGUAGUAAUUAUGAGAUUUAUGAUAAUAAAUUAAAAAGCGAAAUAGAAAGUAAAAAUUUCACAAAAGAUUCUAUGAAUUCAGGAGAGGAUUAUUUUAUGGGACAAUAUGGGAGGAAAAGAAAUAAUAAAAAAAAAAAAAAAAAAAAAAAGACUUAUAUAUAUAAACCAUUUAUACCUUUUGGAAGUUUGGUUAUGACAAAAAAAGAAAUACUAAAAUUAAACUUAUUAGAGAAUAAUGAAUUAAAAAAGGAAAAAAUAUAUAUAAGCAAAAAUAUAUUAAAUAAGAAGAAUAAAAUGAGAAAUUUAAAUACAAAAGAUAGUAUAAAAAUAGAUAAAGAUACGAUACAGUUAUCUUUAAUAUCAAUUAUAAUGCUUUUGAAUGUUUUAAGAAAAAACUCCAAUUAUUCAUUAAUGAUAAAUUUCUACAUAAAUUUAUUAAUGGAUAAAUUUUUAGAAAAAAAAAAAUAUAUUCAUAUAGAUGAUUGUUAUUUAAUAAAUAGUUACAAGGUUAAAUUAAUAAAUCCUUUACACAAUAACCAUAAAAAAGAGUUUGUUAUAAAUGAUAACUAUUCUAUGAAAAAAAAAAUGGAAAUAAUAAAUAAUGGAUAUAAAUUUUAUGCAUCUUCAUGUAAGUUACAAAUAUUUGAAAUAAUAUUUUACGAAACAUUAAAAGUAUAUUUAAGCUUCAUUAACGGCCGUUACUUGCGCACUUUUAUUUCAAAAAUUGCACAACUAAAUAAUAUAUACACAAAUAAAAAUGUUCACUUUAAAAUUAAAAUAAAUAGAUUGUUAUGCAGCAAACUUAAUAAUCUAUUAUUAGAACAACUAUUGAAUAUGAAGUUAAACAAAAUUGUUUUAAGUAACAUAAUAUCUGCUUGUAAAUUUUUUUUUAUUUCAUUACUUGAUGAAAAUGAAAAUUGCAAUUUUUUUCUGAACAAUCCAGGUGAAAAAUCAUUUUUUUUUAUAAAUUCUAGUAAUUUUUUUGGAAAUGAAAAAGAAAAUGAGAUAAAAUAUAUUCAGCACAUGAAUACUGAUAAUAUUAAAUAUGAAAAAAAAUAUGAAUUAAUUCUUCAAAAAAAAGAAAAAUAUGAAGAAUGUUAUGAAAUUAAAAAAAAUGAUAAUAUACAAAAUCAUUAUUCGUAUGAUUCUUUUAAUAAAACACUAUAUACAAAAAUCUUAAAUGUAGGAGAAAGAAAUUCUUCUGAGAAAAAUAAUGAACCUUACAUUGAACAAACAAAAAACGAAAAUAGGAUAAAUGAUGAAAAAGAAAAUAAAAUUUUAAUGAAUACUAAAUUAAAAAUGGAUGAAAAUCAAGAAAUAGAAAAAAAUAAUAAUCAAAACAAAAAAGAAAGUUAUACAAAUAAUUUAAUAAAUAAAAAUUAUAUUUUUAAUGAGUAUGAAAAUUAUUAUACGAAAAAUAACAAAAAUGAUUUAUCAAUUAAUAAAAGCAGUAAUUUAAAAUAUAACGAAGAUAAAUAUAUAGAUAAGAAAAAUAAUUCUGAUGAUUUCAAUUGCUUGGAUGCUUCAUCUGUUAAAAAUUCGGAUUUUAGUGACAUAAAAAGAAGUUAUUUAAAUAUAGAUAGCAUGAACAGAUUUUCACAAAACAUUGAUGUACUAAUGGAAAAAGGUAAUAGUAGCAAUAAUUCAGUUUAUAAAUAUGAUAAUUCUACUUUAGAUAUUAACACAAUAGUUAAAAGUGAAGAAAAAUCUAAAGUAAGAAUAAUUUAUAAAAGAAAAUAUGAUAUAAAUUUUAAUGAAUAUGAUAAAACUAACAAGAUGAAAAGUACUAUAAUAUGUAUGAAACCAAAUGAUAUAAAUAAAUUAAUUGAUUGUUUUCUGAAGUUAAAUAUAACAAUUUUUGAGUGCGCCCAAUAUAUAUACAACAAUAUUUUUAAAAAUAAAAAGGAAAAAUUAUGUGAAGAUAUAAAACAAGACAAAGAUAUAUAUAUGUGGUUUCAAAACUCCUUAAAUGUUCUAAAUAUAGAAAUAUCUGCUCUUGGUCAAAUUUAUAAUAAAUUUCAAAACACUACAAUAUAUAUUAAAAAAAAAAAAAAAUUUGUAAGUCACACUAUAAAAAUAAACACAAAUAAAUUAAAAGAAAUGGACGAAAUAAAGAAAUAUUUAGAAAUGUAUUUGUUAGAAACAAAAAAUAAAUAUGAAUCAACAAAAAUGAUCAUUGAAAAAAGAGAGAGAUUGAAUAUGUUAGGUUGUAACGAAUCUUUAAAUGAAAAUGGAAACAUUAAUGAAAAAGAAAAGGAAAGGGAAAACGAAAAGGAAAAGGAAAAGGAAAAGGAAAAUGAAAAAGGAAAAGAAAUUAUGUAUGAAGAAUUAGUGGAUGACUAUGAUGAACUAAAUUCAUUUUUAGAUUUUAGCUUAGACAAGUCAUCUGGUAUAUUAAUAGAAAAAACAAAUAUUAAAAAAGAUCUCCUUAACCCAACAAAUAAUAUUAAUCAAAUAAAUGAAUAUUUAAUAGAUGAAGAUUGGCUUAUGUAUAUUCGAUCAUUAAUAUAA